GUGCGUGUGUUUGUCCUGUUCUCCGAGGUGUCUCUGCGGUACGCUGACUUCACUGCUGCGUUCAGUGGGAGUGUGAGAGCCAACCGCCUUGUGUUCGCGACGAACCUGCCGCACUGGGCCGAUGGGAAGACGGAGUCCGAGACUGUUCAAGAGUUCCACGCUGCUGUGACAGAUAAGAAGAUGAGGACACCACUAUCGCUGAGGGCAUUUGCCGGUACACAACUUGUACAGACUGUUCUUUCACGGAUGGAUAUUGUGAACGCGGACACCCUGAGUAAUUUCUUUUACAGAAAUAUAGCCGUNCUGCUGGGCCCACUUGCUGUGCAAGACAUGCUUCUAAGUGUGUGGCGUGAAGCUGUAGAUGCAGGUGUUCCGUUUGUGAGUGGUCAAGUGAUUACGACGGGGACGAACCCACUUGCGAAGGACACACAGUACGUUGCUAUCCAGCGGUUCCAGAGAGAAAUGGAGAAAUACCUAAAUGAGAGCGGUCAGACUUUCUUUGAUGAUCCCCAACACUUCCUUAAUAAUGACAACGAUGGUGAGGUGAUGUUCUCCUGGUGGAUUGCUGGAGAGGUGCUCAUGCAGGCGAUGAGCAGCCGUGAAUGGUUGCAGAACAGGUCCACUUUCGUUGCAUCACUGUUUGACCAGCGCCGGUAUAUGAUUGAUGACCUUGUGAUUGGU